UUACAUGUAGUUUAAAGCACAUUGGGCAUAUCAUCUAAUGAUUCAGGCCAUAAUGCUUUGUAUAUAUCUCUUGAGAUUUGUAUGUUUUAAUGGAAGGAGAUAAAUAAUUUAAUUUCCUGAUAACUGCAAAGGCAAAGAGCCCCAUUGCCAAGAGUCACGAAGAGAGAGAAGGAAACUGAGAAGUAAAAGCCCCACAAAGGAGACACUCUUGGAAGAUUUACUUUCAUUGUCUUAGGAACGAGAUGGAAUUGGACUUUUGGAAGGAAUAUGGUAAAAAUUGGUAAGUGGUUCGUAUAUCUGUCUUCAAUUGAAUGUCGGUAUCUUUUCUCUCUCUAAAACUCCUGUUAUUCAGUGCAAAACGAGCCCAUCAUUCAACCCAGAGGUCCUAAAUGGUUACUUGUUGAGUUUUUGAUUUAUGGUUGGUUCGAUUUGGAUGUUGGGUUGAGUUGGGAUCAUCGAAAGUUUGCACAUUUUGGUAGUUUGAGAGAUUAUUUUAAUACUGUGAAGAUUUUGUUUUUUUAAUUAGUGGGAUAACACACGAAUUUCAGGUUGAAAUUUAGCACAGAGAUUUACCUUCUGGCCAUAGAAUUGGAGAUUGGUUUUUGCCUCCGAUGAUUUUGGGUUUUGCUAUUGAUUGGAUGUAACCCAAAUUUAAGGUUCAUAUUUUGAUAGAGAUUGAUUUAUUUGGGGAUAGAUUUGGAGUUAGGUGUUCUCGUUAUCCGCUCUGCGGUAAAAGGUGGGCUUUUUGGGCAGAAUUUGAAAGUGGGUUUUGUAUAUAGAUCAAUUUUGCAAUGGACUCAAGAGAAGUCAGUGGCUCUGGAGUCCUUGAAAUAAUAUUGGAGAUGGUUUUGGUAGAGAGAUUGAUUUAGUGCGCCAUUGAUCUUGGGGUUUUUCUCUCUGAUAAAUAUAGAGGUGGGUUUGGUUUUUGUGAUUGAGAUAGAUCGGAUUUUGGGUUAUUUCCUUGGAUGAAUUUAGAGGUGGGUUUGGUGGGGUUCUCUAAAUUUAUUUGGAUGGGAUUUAGAUAGAUUGCGUUUGAGAGGAAAUGAAAGGCCAGUGUGCGCAGGGACGAUGACUGGAGGGUCAUUGGGUCUACGCACAGGUAGUUAUGGAUCUCUGCAUGAUCAGAGUAAGAUUAGUCCCGGUUUGCCAGUCCCGAAUAAUUCACCCAACUUUAUUCGAAAGCCCUCAAAGAUGCUCAUUUCGGGCUCUAGAGAGAAGGAGAGGUUUAUCCAUUGGAUCUUCAAAAUUGUUGGUAGGAGGAAGGCUGGAAUGCUUAUCCUAGUUGUCUUCUCUCUGGUUAUUGUCACCUCUCUCAUGUCCACUUUCUAUAAAGAGGAUGAUGCAUCAGAAGUGGAUCUUACGCGCCAAAGGCCUUCUCGACCCUUGAAACCUUUCAGGGGCCAUGAGCAAAUCACAGUGCAUACCCACUAUAGUCCCCAAAUUGUUCGUGAGCCUGACAUUAAGAAGGACAAUCCACCAGUCCCAAGCACAGUGCAUACCCACAAUAGUCCCCAAACUGUUAUUGAGCCUGACACUAAGAAGGACAAUCCACUAGUCCCACCACCUGACAUUAACAAUGGGAAUUCAUUGAAUACAUUAGCUGAGAAACCGUCAGUUCCAUUAUUUGAGAUUCCAUUACAAAGUAGAGAAAAUAAAACUCUCCCGCCUCCUCCUGACUUUUCUGCAUUGCAACUGCCUCCUGGGCAUCCCUGUGAGGAUUUUACAUUUCCACCUCCACCAGCAGAUAAGAAACGGACAGGGCCACGACCAUGUCCUGUAUGUUAUGUUCCUGUCGAGGAGGCAAUACGCCUCGUACCUGCCACACCUUCUGAUUCUCCAGUGCUUAAGCAUCUAAGUUAUGUUGUUGAUCAAAACAUAGUCCUGCCUCAAAAGUCUGUUAACCCUGUUGACGAAGGUGGCUCUGUUUUUGGUGGAUAUCCUUCCCUGAAACAAAGGGAUGAGUCUUUCAACAUAAAGGAGACAAUGGAAGUGUAUUGUGGAUUUGUGGGGGGGAAUAGACCUGGCAACUACACUGGCUUUGACAUUGAUGAGGAAGAUCUCUAUGAAAUGGACCAAUGUGGUCCAAUAGUCGUCGCGUCGGCCAUAUUUGCCAACUAUGAUGAAAUUCAACAGCCCAAGAAUAUUAGUGAGGCUGCAAAGAGACAUGUAUGCUUUUACAUGUUUAUUGAUGAGGUGACUCGAAAUUUCAUGGUGAACUCGUCUAUUCUGAAUGACACAAAGAAGGUGGGGCUAUGGAGGAUUGUUGUUGUUCGAAAUUUACCUUACCAAGAUGCAAGACGCAACGGAAAGGUUCCUAAGCUGCUUCUACACAGGCUUUUCCUUCAUGCUAGGUAUUCUAUAUGGAUUGAUGGGAAGCUUGAACUUGUUCGGGACCCAUAUGAACUUAUUGAAAGGUUCCUUUUGAGGCGGAAUGCCACUUUUUCCAUCUCGAAGCAUUAUAGACGCUUCAAUGUGUUUGAGGAAGCAGAGGCAAACAAAGCUGCUGGGAAAUAUUACAAUUCUUCUAUAGAUCGUCAAAUUGAGUUUUACAGGAGUGAGGGCUUGACGCCAUAUUCAGAGGCCAAGCUUCCAAUCAUUAGUGAUGUUCCGGAAGGAUGUGUUAUCAUAAGAGAGCACAUUCCCAUUACGAAUCUGUUUACAUGUAACUGGUUCAAUGAAGUGGAUAGGUUCACUUCGAGGGACCAACUCAGCUUCUCGACCGUGCGUGACAAAGUCAUGACGGCAACAAACUGGGUACCCUACAUGUUUCAGGAUUGCGAGAGGCGGAAUUUUGUCAUUCAGGCAUAUCACAGAGAUGUGCGUAGACGUAGCAGGCCACAACCGCCAGCAUUACCUGUUAUUAUUCUCCAUCCUCCAUCUUUGUAUAACAACUUGAGUGAAAGGGCCCCUCCUUUGCCUGAGAAAGGAGCGAAAACCUCAAGCAGAAGGCAGCGUGCAAGAGAUAAGAAACCAGGCUCGAGACGUAGGCGGCUUAAGCCCGGAAAUCCAACUAGGGAACUCAAUUUUUGAGUGUUUGAUUCCACAUUUUUUUUCUCUCCUCUUUCAUUUUUAUUGUUUUCAUUUUAUUUUAUUUUUGCUAUUUUUCCCCAUAGAUUUGGGGUAGAGGAACCAAAUAUUUUGCUUCAUUUGAAUUGUUAUCUAUUCUUUUUUUAGUAUCAAUAUUAAUUGUUAAUGUAAAUAGUUGUACUUGAAUAAAAUAGCACUUCAGUGGCUGUUCUUCA